AUGUCGGUCACUCUAAUAAUUUCCUGAGAAAAAGCAAAGAAAUUGAACCCAGGAAAAAACAUAUACAAAUAAACUUGUAACUCUGUGAGAAGAAAUAGUCUUGUUGCUUCAAUUAACUGCGAUGGCUUCUUCUUCUUCUUCUUCUCAAGUGAAGUAUGAUGUUUUCCUCAGUUUCAGAGGUGAGGACACUCGAGACAAUUUUACCAGCCACCUCAAUGCAGCUUUGUGUCGGAGAAAGAUUGUUACUUUCAUCGAUGAUCAACUUGUAAGAGGAGAUGGGAUUUCACCAUCUCUUUUGAAUGCGAUUAGUGGAUCAAAGAUUUCAAUCAUCAUUUUCUCGAAAGGUUAUGCUUCUUCUACAUGGUGCCUCCAAGAACUUGUUGAGAUCCUCAAUUGCAAGAGAAUGUACGGUCAGAUUGUGAUUCCAGUGUUCUAUCAUGUAGAUCCAUCAGAUGUAAGGAAGCAAACAGGGACUUAUGGAGAUGCAUUUGGCGAGCAUGAAGUAAGAUAUAUGGAGAAAAAAGAGAUGUUGCAGAGAUGGAGGAAUGCUUUGACGGAAGCAGCCAAUCUAUCUGGCUUUGAUUCAAAUUCCAUCAGGCCUGAAUCGAAACUUGUUGACACAAUUACUGAAUGUAUUUUGGAGAGUUUGAAUGAUAAGUCUUAUAGCGAUAAUAAGAACUUGGUUGGAGUAGCAAUGAAGAUCCAGAAAAUUAAAUCUUUAUUGUCUGAUCAGUCAAGUAAAGUAUGCAAGGUAGGACUUUGGGGUAUGGGUGGCAUAGGCAAGACGACUCUUGCUGAAGCAGUCUUCAAGGAAAUCUCAAGUCAAUUUGAAGCUUCGUAUUUUGCUCGAAAUGUUAGGGAAGCAUCAAAUAUAAAUCAACUGCGUCGUUUGCAAAAAGAAUUUCUUUAUGCAAUAUUAGGGGAUAAACACCUUGAUAUAAGACACACAUCCACAAAAGAAAGGCUUGGACGUAAAAGAGUUUUUACUGUUUUUGAUGAUGUGACAGAUUCAAAACAAAUAAAAGAAUUAAUUGAAGAUCCUGAAGACUUGGGUUUUGGAAGUCAAAUCAUUAUAACCACAAGGAAUAAACAAGUGCUAAAAAUUUGUGGAUUGGAUGAUUCUACCAUAUAUGAGGUUGAAGGAUUAGUUAGUGACAAAUCUCUUAGACUUUUUAAACAACAUACCUUCAAACAAAACCAUCCAAUUGAUGAAGUUUACUUGAAGCUUUCAAAAAAAGUUAUAAGUUAUACAAAAGGUUUGCCUUUAGCUCUCGAAGUUUUAGGUAACCAUCUCCUUGGUAGAGGAAAACUUGAAUGGGAUAGUGCACUAGAAGAUUUACAAAAAUCUCCGUAUGAGGGUAUCCAAAAGGUGCUUAAGAUCAGUUAUGAUGGAUUAUCUGAUAAAGAGAAGACUUUAUUUUUAGAUAUUGCAUGCUUCUUUAAAGGAUGUGAUAAAUAUCUAGUUGGUACAUUCAGUUCACAUAAUCGAAUAUGUGUUCUUGUUGAUAAAGCUCUUAUAUCUAUUCUAUUUACCACAAUAGAAAUGCAUGAUUUGAUUCAACAGAUGGGUUGGGAAAUUGUCCGACAAGAGCCAAUCACUAAACUUGGCCAAUGCAGUCGAUUGUGGCAUCAUGAAGAUGUAGAUUGUGUAUUGGAAAAAAAUCUGGGACAUGACAAAGUGAGAGGUAUGCUCUUUGAAAUGGCUGAAAUGAGAGAGAUCCACUUAAAUCCUCAUGCUUUCUCAGAGAUGGCUAAUCUAAGACUCCUUAUAGUAAAUAACUCAUAUUGGGGAUGCAAUAAUAAAGUUCAUGGUUUUGACAACAUUGAAUUUGAUUUCUCGGAGUUAGAAUGCCUCUGUUGGGAUUAUUACCCCUUCCCAUCGUUGCCUUUGAAAUUUGAUCUUGAUAACCUUGUUGUACUUAAGAUGCAAAGCAAUAAUCUUAAACAACUAUGGACGGGGAUACAAAAUCUUCCUCGUUUAAAAUACAUUGACCUAAGUCGCUCAAGACAUCUACUUGAAGUCCCAGACCUUUCAAAGGCUUCAAAUCUAGAGCGGUUGAUUCUAAGAAGUUGCCAAAGCCUUGUCAAUCUUCCAAUUAGCAUUCAAUCAAGGUCUUUAAGAGAUGUUUUUCUCUCUGGCUGCUCUAAUCUCAACACUGGUCCAAGGAUAUUAGGUAAUAUGGAAAGAUUGUGUUUGGAAGGAACUGGAAUAAAAACCUUAUCGUCUUCCAUAGAAAGCCCAUGCAGACUAGUUGAACUGAAUCUUAAAAACUGCUUAAGCCUUGAAAGUCUUCCAAGUAGCCUUUGUAAUUUGACAUCUCUUCGAAAGCUUGAUCUCUCUGAUUUGUUUAAUCUAAAGAUGGUUCCAGAGUUCCCACCCAAGAUCCUAGAGUUGGAUUUACAUGGAACUGCAAUAAAAGAAUUGUCUUCAUCGAUUGGGAAAGUAUCAUCUCUGAAAACAUUAAGUCUUACAUAUUGUUCAAGCCUUGAAAGUCUUAAGCACCUUUGCAAUUUGACAUCUCUUCGAAAGCUUGAUCUCUUUGGUUCGUCAAAUCUAAAGAUAUUUCCAGAGUUUCCACCCGAGAUCCUAGAGUUGUAUUUAGAUGGAACUGCAAUAAAAGAAUUGUCUUCAUCGAUUGGGAAAGUAUCAUAUCUGAAAACAUUAAGUCUUAGAAAUUGUUCAAGCCUUGAAAGUCUUCCAAGCAGCCUUUGUAAAUUGACAUCUCUUCAAAAGCUUGAUCUCUCUGGUUCGUCAAAUCUAAAGAUGGUGUUAGAGUUCCCACCUGAGAUCCUAGAGUUGUAUUUAGAUGGAACUGCAGUAAAAGAAUUGUCUUCAUCGAUUGGGAAAGUAUCAUCUCUAAUAACAUUAAGUCUUAGAAAUUGUUUAAGCCUUGAAAGUCUUCCAAGCAGCCUUUGUAAUUUGACAUCUCUUCGAAGGCUUGAUUUCUCUGGUUCGUCAAAUCUAAAGAUGGUUUCAGAGUUCCCACCUAAGAUCCUAGGGUUGUAUUUCGAUAGAACUGCAGUAAAAGAAUUGUCUUCAUCGAUUGGGAAAGUACCAUCUCUGAUAACAUUAAGUCUUAGAAAUUGUUCAAGCCUUGAAAGUCUUCCAAGCAGCCUUUGUAAUUUGACAUCUCUUCGAAAGCUUGAUCUCUCUGGUUCGUCAAAUCUAAAGAUGGUUUCAGAGUUCCCACCUGAGAUCCCAGAGUUGUAUUUAGAUGGAAUUGCAAUAAAAGAAUUGUCUUCAUCGAUUGGGAAAGUAUCAUCUCUGAAAACAUUAAGUCUUAGAAAUUGUUCAAGCCUUGAAAGUCUUCCAAGCAGCCUUUGCAAUUUGACAUCUCUUCGAAAGCUUAAUCUCUUUGGUUCGUCAAAUCUAAAGAUGAUUCCAGAAUUCCCACCUGAGAUCCCAGAGUUGUAUUUAGAUGGAAGUGCAAUAAAAGAAUUGUCUUCAUCGAUUGGGAAAGUAUCUCUAAUAACAUUAAGUCUUAGAAAUUGUUUAAGCCUUGAAAGUCUUCCAAGCAGCCUUUGUAAUUUGACAUCUCUUCGAAGGCUUGAUUUCUCUGGUUCGUCAAAUCUAAAGAUGGUUUCAGAGUUCCCACCUGAGAUCCUAGAGUUGUAUUUAGAUGAAACUGCAGUAAAAGAAUUGUCUUCAUCGAUUGGGAAAGUAUCAUCUCUGAUAACAUUAAGUCUUAGAAAUUGUUUAAGCUUUGAAAGUCUUCCAAGCAGCCUUUGUAAUUUGACAUCUCUUCGAAGGCUUGAUUUCUCUGGUUCGUCAAAUCUAAAGAUGGUUUCAGAGUUCCCACCUGAGAUCCUAGGGUUGUAUUUCGAUAGAACUGCAGUAAAAGAAUUGUCUUCAUCGAUUGGGAAAGUACCAUCUCUGAUAACAUUAAGUCUUAGAAAUUGUUCAAGCCUUAAAAGUCUUCCAAGCAGCCUUUGUAAUUUGACAUCUCUUCGAAAGCUUGAUCUCUUUGGUUCGUCAAAUCUAAAGAUGGUUUCAGAGUUCCCACUUGAGAUCCCAGAGUUGUAUUUAGAUGGAAGUGCAAUAAAAGAAUUGUCUUCAUCGAUUGGGAAAGUAUCAUAUCUGAAAACAUUAAGUCUUAGAAAUUGUUCAAGCCUUGAAAGUCUUCCAAGCAGCCUUUGCAAUUUGACAUCUCUUCGAAAGCUUAAUCUCUUUGGUUUGUCAAAUCUAAAGAUGAUUCCAGAGUUCCCACCUGAGAUCCCAGAGUUGUAUUUAGAUGGAACUGCAAUAAAAGAAUUGUCUUCAUCGAUUGGGAAAGUAUCAUCUCUGAAAACAUUAAGUCUUAGAAAUUGUUCAAGCCUUGAAAGUCUUCCAAGCAGCCUUUGUAAAUUGACAUCUCUUCAAAAGCUUAAUCUCUCUGGUUCGUCAAAUCUAAAGAUGGUUUCAGAGUUCCCACCUGAGAUCCUAGAGUUGUAUUUAGAUGGAACUGCAGUAAAAGAAUUGUCUUCAUCGAUUGGGAAAGUAUCAUCUCUGAUAAAAUUAAGUCUUAGAAAUUGUUCAAGCCUUGAAAGUCUUCCAAGCAGCCUUUGUAAUUUGACAUCUCUUCGAAAGCUUGAUCUCUCUGGUUCGUCAAAUCUAAAAAUGGUUCCAGAGUUCCCACCUGAGAUCCCAGAGUUGUAUUUAGAUGGAAGUGCAAUAAAAGAAUUGUCUUCAUCGAUUGGGAAAGUAUCAUCUCUGAAAACAUUAAGUCUUAGAAAUUGUUCAAGCCUUGAAAGUCUUCCAAGCAGCCUUUGCAAUUUGACAUCUCUUCGAAAGCUUGUUCUCUCUGGUUUGUCAAAUCUAAAGAUGAUUCCAGAGUUCCCACCUAAGAUCCUAGAGUUGUAUUUAGAUGAAACUGCAGUAAAAGAAUUGUCUUCAUCGAUUGGGAAAGUAUCAUCUCUGAUAAAAUUAAGUCUUAGAAAUUGUUCAAGCCUUGAAAGUCUUCCAAGCAGCCUUUGUAAUUUGACAUCUCUUCGACAGCUUGAUCUCUCUGGUUUGUCAAAUCUAAAGAUGGUUCCAGAGUUCCCACCUGAGAUCCUAGAGUUGUAUUUAGAUGGAACUGCCGUAAAAGAAUUGUCUUCAUCGAUUGGGAAAGUAUCAUCUCUGAUAAGAUUAAGUCUUAGUAAUUGUUCAAGCCUUGAAAGUCUUCCAAGCAGCCUUUGUAAUUUGACAUCUCUUCGACAGCUUGAUCUCUUUGGUUUAUCAAAUCUAAAGAUGGUGCCAGAGUUCCCACCUGAGAUCCUAGAGUUGUAUUUAGAUGGAACUGCAGUAGAAGAAUUGUCUUCAUCGAUUGGGAAAGUAUCAUCUCUGAUAAGAUUAAGUCUUAGAAAUUGUUCAAGCCUUGAAAGUCUUCCAAACACCAUUGAUAAGUUGAAAUCUCUGAAAUAUCUUUAUAUGUCGGGUUGUUCAAAACUUGAAAGAUUGCCUGAUGACUUGGGAAAGUUAGAGAGCUUGGAAGUAAUUGAAGCUAGUGGAAUUACUGUUAAAGAGCUACCUUCAGUUAUGGCUGUUCUAUCAGCUUUGCAAUUUUUAAAGAGAUUAGAGUUGAAUUACUGCAGUAUUACAGAGUUACCCAAUAAUAUUGACAAUCUGCUCUUACUCGUAGAUCUAGAAUUGGAAGGAAACAAUUUUGAGAGCAUCCCGACAAACAUCAUGAACCUUUCCAAGUUACAAAGCCUUAACAUAAGGUUUUGUGAUAGGCUUCAAUCCUUACCAAAGCUUCCACGCAAUAUAAAAGAACUUCUAGCAGAUGGUUGCAAAUUGCUGAAAGAAUUAUCAGGUUUUACAAAUCUAAUAACUCCAAGACCUGAUAGAAGGACACUGAGCUUGUUCAAUUGUGUCAGUCUGGAUUGGGACGCAAUCAGAAACAUUUUGAGUGAUUCUAUAUUGGAUACGUACUCAAGUAAAAUUAACCAUUUCGCAUAUAAGGUAACUCCCCAGCGAGAAGUUGAAAUUUGUUACCCUGGAAGUGACAUUCCGGAAUGGUUUAACAUUCAAAGUAGUGGAUCAGUUAUUAAGUUACCACAAGGUUCAUUCAAUGAGAAGGUUCUGGGUCUUGCCUUUUGUUUCAUUGUUGAAGUUGAAGAUAAUUGUGAUGAGUGUAAUUUCUUUGGUGUUGGUUCUACGUUGCGACUGAGUCGCCCUGGUGUGGACAGAAUGUCUAGUGAACAGACGUAUCUUUUGACCAAGUGUAUUAAGUCAGAUCAUGUAUUAGUGAUAUAUGACCGCAUUAUAUUGGAUAUAUUUGGGACAGGAGAUUUUAAAUUCGCUUGUGAUACCAAAGCCGUUAUCUCUUUCCAUCCCUUAGAUAGUUUAGAAUUUACAGAGACAAAUUGGAUAAAAAAAAUAAAGAAGUGUGGGGUUCGUUUAUUGUUCACUGAAGAGUUGGAGGAAACUAUGAAAAGAUCAGGAUGUUCCAUCCAUGGUGAAGAAGAUGGAUUUAAAUCUUCAAAUUUCUAUAAAGGCGAAUCCAGCUCAAGACAAUCGGGGCCUUCCAUGGUCAGCCAACCUCUACCGGACUGCAUGACUGAAAAAGGGGAAUUGGAGCCUCUGCCCAGGGAAGUGCUCAAGCACAGGUAUACUGGCAAUGGUGAGCUGGAGGUUUUUGUUGCCUGGAAAAAUUUACCAGAAUUUAAGAAUUCGUGGGAGCAAUACACUGCCUUCAAACAAGCUUUCCCACAAUUCUACCUUGAGGAUAAGGUGCCACUCGACAGGAGGGGAAAUGUUAGGUCUAGAAUUUAUGUAUCACGCAAGUGGAAGAGAGACCAAAUGAAGGGUACACCUAGCGACUUGGAGUUAAAGCAAGAGGCAGAAUUUGCGGGAGAUUUUAGGUUUGGAACUUAUGUAUCACGCAAGAGGAAGAGAGCCCAAAUGAAGGCACACCUGGAGGAAUCAUAUCGGCUAUCAAAAAUGCUGGAGAGGAGUGGCUUGAAGCUGGUUGUUGGAAACAAACACAAAAGGAGAGGUGUUAGUCCUGGAGGAGGGAGCAAGCAGAAUUAAGGAAAAGUAGGAGUACAAGGGGAGAGACUAGACCUCUCGAAAGCCUAGAGUUCAGUUACUUUGCUUAUUGCCGUUUCUGGCUAUUUUUUGCAUUUUGUAAGAAGAAACAGAUCAUGAGUUCAUGUAAUUACUAAAAUUGGUGAUUUGACUUUGUAAUGCACUUCCAGUUAAUGAAGAAGAAUAUCUCUUUUUUUCUUA